GCGGCUCUGGCGCUGCCGGGCCGCCUUCGAGCUGCCGGGCGGGGGCGUGGGGCACUGUGCUGGCCACCCAGCCCCGCUUCAUCCGAGGGAGGCGGCUCCCUCGCCUGGGAGGGCCUCAGGGGGUACACGGGCGUGCAGAGCCCUAGAGUCGCCAGCUCGAGUCCCUGCGCGACCCGGCCGGCCGGGAAGCCAAGUGUCCAAACUAGAAGAGAACCUGGGGAGAACCCGCGCCAACCACCUCGUGCAACAGGUGGAGAAACUGAGUGUCGGGAAGCGGAGGAUCUGCCGAAGUCACAGCGCGUGAACCCCACACCCGGGACCCGACGCCCUUAGCGCAGCGUCCGAACUCCUUCCACGUGAGCCCUUCGUUCACGAUUCUCCUGUUUGUAGUUGUUUAGUUGGUAAAAAUGGAAUUUCAAGCAGUAGUAAUGGCAGUUGGAGGGGGAUCUCGGAUGACAGACCUGACUUCCAGCAUUCCUAAACCUCUUCUUCCAGUUGGGAACAAACCUUUAAUUUGGUACCCAUUAAACCUGCUUGAGCGUGUUGGAUUUGAAGAAGUCAUUGUCAUUACAACCAGGGAUGUCCAAAAGGCUUUAUCUGCAGAAUUCAAGAUGAAAAUGAAGCUAGAUAUUGUGUGUAUUCCUGAUGAGGCUGACAAGGGAACUGCAGAUUCUCUGCGCCACAUAUAUCCAAAACUUAAGACAGACGUACUGGUCCUGAGCUGUGACCUAAUAACAGAUGUUGCCUUACAUGAGGUUGUGGACCUGUUCAGAGCUCAUGAUGCAUCACUUGCCAUGUUAAUGAGGAAAGGCCAAGAUGGCGUAGAACCAGUUCCAGGUCAAAAGGGGAAAAAAAAAGCAGUGGAGCAGCGUGACUUCAUUGGAGUGGACAGCACAGGAAAGAGGCUGCUCUUCAUGGCUAAUGAAGCGGACUUGGAUGAGGAGCUGGUCAUUAAGGGAUCCAUCCUGCAGAAGCACCCUAGAAUACGUUUCCACACAGGCCUUGUGGACGCCCAUCUCUACUGCAUGAAAAAAUAUGUUGUGGACUUCCUAAUGGAAAAUGAGUCAAUCACGUCCAUCCGGAGUGAACUGAUUCCAUACCUAGUAAGAAAACAGUUUUCCUCAGCUUCCUCACAACAAGGACAAGAGGAAAAAGAGGAGGAUCUAAAGAAAAAGGAGCUGAAACCCUUAGAUAUUUACAGUUUUAUAAAAGAAACCAAUGCACUGACCUUUGCCCCUUAUGAUGGCUGCUGGAAUGCCUGUCGAGGAGACAAGUGGGAAGACUUGUCCAGAUCACGGGUGCGCUGCUAUGUCCACAUCAUGAAAGAGGGGCUCUGCCUUCGAUUGAGCACCCUGGGACUCUACAUAGAAGCAAACAGACAGGUGCCCAAAUUGCUACCUCUUCUUUGUCCAGAAGAAUCACUGGUUCAUUCAUCAGCCCAGAUUGUCAACAAACACUUGGUUGGAGUUGACUGCCUCAUUGGGCCAGAUACACAGAUUGGAGAGAAGUCAUCCAUUAAGCACUCGGUCAUUGGUUCAUCUUGUGUCAUAAGAGAUAGAGUGACUAUCACCAGUUGCCUUCUCAUGAACUCAGUCACCGUGGAGGAAGGAAGCAACAUCCAGGGCAGUGUCAUCUGCAACAAUGCUGUGAUCGAGAAGGGAGCAGACAUCAAGGACUGCCUAAUUGGAAGUGGCCAGAGGAUUGAAGCCAAAGCCAAACGAGUAAAUGAGGUGAUCGUGGGGAAUGACCAGCUCAUGGAGAUCUGAGUUCUGAGCAAGUCAGACGCCUUCCUCUUGGCCCCCAGAACUACACAUGUUGGCUGGCCCACCUCUUUGACUGUAUUUAUUUCCCAAUAAAGAAGGGCUCCCACAGGCA